AUGGCGAGUGGACGUAUCCUACGGACUAUUUGUCAGCCACAAAUCAACUAUUUACCUCAUCCUCUGUUUCAUACAGAAAUUUGAAAACAAAAAAAAACAUCAACAUGGUCGAUGCAUUCUGUGCCACCUGGAAGUUGGUAGACAGCCAGAACUUUGAUGACUACAUGAGGGCGCUUGGGGUCGGCUUUGCAACAAGGCAAGUCGGCAAUGUUACGAAGCCCACCAUUGUUAUUAGUCAAGAAGGGGACAAGGUGACUGUGAAAACCCUCAGUACUUUCAAGAACACCGAAAUAUGUUUCAAACUGGGCGAAGAGUUUGAUGAAACUACCGCGGACGACAGAAACUGCAAAUCUACCGUCAGUUUGGACGGGGACAAACUGGUGCACGUGCAGAAGUGGGACGGCAAGGAAACCAAGUUCGUCCGGGAAAUCAAAGAUGGAAAAAUGAUCAUGCACCUGACCUUCGAGGACGUCCAGGCAGUACGCACCUAUGAAAAGGCAUGAAGGAUGCACUUUUGAACCGUUUCGGUCCUGUUUAUUGGACAUCAGACCGUAUUAAUUUCAUUCCCGCGUUGUCUUAUUACUGUGAACGUAGAGAUGCACUUCAUCAGCGUAAAUGUUGUUUUUGUAUUACAUGAGCUGGAUGUUUUUAUAAGAACUUUUAUAUGAAAUACAGAUUCUGUGAAGUGGUUAUAUAUUUGAGCCACCUAAAAAUGUUUCAUACU